AUGUUAAAAUUCUCCCCUCCUUCUUCAGACUCUAAAGCCAUCGUGGACGGCAACCUGAAGCUGAUCCUGGGUAUGAUCUGGACUCUGAUUCUGCAUUACUCCAUCUCCAUGCCAGUCUGGGAGGGCGAGGAAGAAGAGGCAGAGUCAAAGACACCUAAGCAGCGUCUGCUGGGCUGGAUCCAGAACAAAGUCCCUGACAUGCCGAUCAAAAACUUCAGCAAGGACUGGAGGAACGGCAUGGCCCUGGGAGCGCUGGUGGACAGCUGUGCACCAGGCCUGUGUCCCGACUGGGAGACCUGGGAUCCAGUGAAACCAGUGAUGAACGCCACAGAGGCCAUGCAGCUGGCUGACGACUGGCUGGGCAUCCCGCAGGUGAUAACUCCAGAGGAGAUCAUGGAUCCCAGUGUGGACGAGCAGUCGGUGAUGACCUACCUGUCUCAGUUCCCCAAGGCCAAACUGAAGCCAGGAGCCCCUCUCAAACCCAAACUCAACCCCAAGAAGGCCCGCGCAUACGGACCAGGUAUCGAGCCGACAGGGAACCGGGUGCUGCGUCCGGCCGUGUUCACUGUGGACACGUUCAGCGCCGGGCAGGGGCAGGUCACCGUCUACCUUGACCAUCCCGACGGCACCAGAGAGGAGCUGAAGGCGGAGCCUAAUGAGGGCAAGAAGACGCUCAGCGUCACGUAUAUUCCUCAAGUCAUGGGAACUCACAAGGUAACGGUGAUGUUUGCUGGCCAGCAGAUUCCCAAAAGUCCCUUUGAGGUGAGCGUGGACAAGGCGCUGGGCGACGCCUCCAAGGUCACAGUGAAAGGCCCGGGAGUCGAAUCUGUGGGCAACAUCGCCAACAAACCCACCUACUUCGACAUCUACACUGCAGGGGCUGGUACAGGGGACGUGACGGCCAUGAUCCGAGACCCUCAGGGCCGGCAGAACGUGGUGGAGGUGAUGAUGGAGGACAAGGGCGACAGCACCUACCGCUGCACAUACAAGCCCACCCAGGCCGGCCCCCACACCGUCACCGUCAGCUUCGGAGGGACGGGGAUCCCCAAGAGCCCCUUCAGCGUGGAUGUGGGCCCCGCCUGCAUGCCGGGGGCGUGCCGGGCCACGGGGCGGGGGCUGCAGCCGGCAGGAAUGAGAGUGAAGCAGGUCGGGGACUUCAAGGUGGACACCAAGAACGCCGGCAGUGGAGAGCUGAAGGUCGUCGUCAAAGGACCCAAGGGCAUCGAGGAGCCGGUAAAGCUGACCUCCAGUCAGGACGGUGUGUUCUCCUACGAGUAUUAUCCCAACAGCCCCGGAAAAUUCACCGUCUCCAUCACCUGGGGGGGUCAGCACAUCCCCAAGAGUCCAUUCGAGGUGUCAGUAGGUCGUGAAGCGGGGCCUCAGCAGAUCAGGGCCUGGGGUCCUGGCCUGGAGGGGGGCAUUGUGGGUAAACCUGCCGCCUUUGUAGUGGAGUCCGUGGGCACUGAUGUUGGAGUGCUUGGGUUUGCCAUCGAGGGUCCUUCUCAGGCUAAGAUCGAGUGUGAGGACCAGAACGACGGCUCCUGUGAUGUCCGAUACUGGCCGCUGGAGGCCGGGGAGUACGCCGUCCACGUGACCUGCGAUGAGGAGGACAUUGAACACAGCCCCUUCAUGGCCUUCAUCGUCCCCGAUAACAACGCCAGUGAUUCUGAAAAGGUUCAGGCUUACGGGCCAGGUCUGGAGAAGACCGGCUGCCUGCUCAGCCAACCGGCAGAGUUCACGGUCAGCGCUAAGGAUGCUGGGAAGGGACCUCUGAAGAUCACGGCUCAGGACGCAGAGGGACUUCCUGUGGAGGUGAAGGUGAGGAGUAAAGGAGAGGGGCUGUACUCCUGCUCCUACACCCCCACCUCCCCUCUCAAACACACCUUGGCCGUCACCUGGGGAGGAGUCAGCGUCCCCAACAGCCCCUUCAGGGUGAACGUGGGUAAAGGCAGCCACCCCAAGAUGGUGAAGGUGUUUGGUCCUGGAGUGGAGAGAACUGGUCUGAAGGCCAACGAGCCAACACACUUCACUGUGGACUGUUCAGGAGCUGGAGACGGUGAUGUCAGCGUAGGUAUUAAGUGUGACGCCAACAUGGUCAGUGACAAAGAGGCCGAUGUGGACUUUGACAUCAUCCCCAACGCCAACGACACGUUCACUGUCAAAUACAUGCCUCCUGCUGCAGGAAGACUCACUGUGAAAGUCCUGUUCACUGAUAAGGAAGUUCCACAGAGCCCUUUCACCGUGAAGGUCGAUCCCUCUCACGAUGCAUCGAAGGUCAAAGCAGAUGGUCCUGGUCUGGCUCGCACUGGUGUGGAGGGCGGUAAGCCGACUCACUUCACAGUGCUGACUAAAGGAGCCGGUAAAGCCCCGCUGGAUGUUUCCUUCUCCUCUCCCGUGAACGACUUCGACAUCAUCGACAACUACGACUACUCCCAGACUGUCAAAUACACACCUGUACAACAGGGGGAGCAGAAGAUCGUGGUGACGUACGGAGGAGACCCCAUCUCAAAGAGCCCCUUCGCAGUGGGCGUCGCUGCACCGCUGGAUCUCAGCAAAGUCACCGUGGACAACCUGGAAGGAAGAGCGGAGGUGGAUCAGGAGCAGCAGUUUAUGGUGGACACAAAGGGUGCAGGAGGUCAAGGUCGUCUGGAGGUGACAGUGCUGAGUCCCAGCCAGCGGACGGUGAAGUGCAAAAUGGAGCCUCAGCCCGGUAAAGCAGACGUCAGUGUGGUACGCUACACCCCCACAGAGGAGGGGGUGCACGCUGUCAACGUGUCCUACGACGGACACCCCGUACCCGGGAGCCCCUUCCCUGUGGAGGCCCAGCUGCCCCCAGACCCCAGCAAGGUGAAAGCGUCUGGCCCCGGUCUGAAGGGGGGUCUGGUGGGAAACCCUGCAGAGUUCUCCAUCGACACAAAGGGCGCGGGCACCGGGGGUCUGGGUCUGACGGUGGAGGGCCCGACAGAGGCUAAGAUAGAGUGUUCGGACAACGGGGACGGGACCUGCUCCGUCUCCUACCUGCCCACGGAGCCCGGGGACUACCUGGUGAACAUCCUGUUUGAGGAGGUCCACAUCCCCGGGUCGCCGUUUAAAGCCAACGUCCAGAUGCCCUUUGACCCCUCCAAGGUGGUGGCGUCGGGGUCGGGCCUGAAAAGAGCCAAGGUUGGAGAGACCAGUGUGGUGAAUGUGGACUGUUCCCGGGCCGGAGCGGGACAGCUCAGCCUGGAGGCGGCGCUGGACACCCCCCCCACCAGCCCCACGGGGUCUGCCCCCCGCACCGGUGUUAAAGCUAAGACGGAGGUGUUGGACAACAAAGACGGGACGUACACGGUGACCUACGUCCCGCUGAGCGCCGGCAUGUACACGCUGCUACUGAAGUACGGGGGCAAGGCCGUGCCUGGGUUCCCCGCCAAGGUGACGGCAGAUCCUGCCGUCGACACUUCCAAGAUCAAAGUGUUCGGACCCGGAGUGGAAAAACAAGCCAUUUUCAGAGAAGCCACCACAGAGUUCACGGUGGAUGCCCGUCCUCUGAGCCGGCGGGGGGGGGACCACGUGAAUGCGGAGGUGAAGAACCCGUCUGGAGCGCUGACGGAGUGUCAGAUCACCGACCGGGAGGAUGGCACAUACAGCGUGGAGUACACGCCGUUUGAGAACGGCGUCCACAGCGUGCAGGUCUUCUACGACGACACUCCGGUUCCUAAGAGCCCGUUCAGGGUGACGGUGGGGGAGGGAUGUGACCCCCGCAGGGUGGUGGCUACCGGCCCCGGGCUCCAACAGGCCCUGACUGACAAGACCAACAACUUCAACAUCAUCACCAGAGGGGCAGGUAUCGGUGGUCUGGGCAUCACUGUGGAGGGUCCAUCAGAAUCCAAGAUGUCCUGCAAAGACAACAAAGAUGGCAGCUGCAGCGUGGAGUAUGUUCCCUACACCCCCGGCCUCUACGACGUCAACAUCACCUACGGAGGAGAGCACAUCCCCGGAAGUCCCUUCAAGGUCCCGGUGAAGGACGUGGUGGACUCCAGUAAGGUCAAGGUGUCUGGUCCCGGUGUGGGGUCAGGGGUCAGGGCCAAUAUCCCACAAUCAUUCACUGUGGACUGCAGGAAGGCCGGCGUGGCGCCGCUUGCCGUGGCCGUCUCGGCUCCUAAGGGUCUGGCAGAGCCUGUGGAGGUGACGGACAACGGGGAUGGGACCCACCUGGUGUCCUACACCCCAUCUGUAGAGGGCCCGUACUCUGUGGCCGUUAAAUACGCAGAGGAGGAAGUCCCCCGCAGUCCCUUCAAGUUCCGGGUCCUUCCCACUCACGAUGCCAGUAAAGUGCGGGCCAGCGGCCCCGGGCUGACCAGCGGCGUGCCCGCCAGCUUCCCCGUGGAGUUCAACAUCGACGCCAAGGACGCCGGCCAGGGCCAGCUGAGCGUGCUCAUCACCGACCAGGAUGGCAAACCCAGGCAGCCCACCAUCCAUGACAACGGUGACGGAACCUACCGGGUGUCGUACAUCCCCCACCGGGCGGGCCGGUACACCAUCGUCAUCAAGUACGGCGGCGACGACAUCCCCGCCUCGCCCUACAGAGUCCGAGCCACCGCCACCGGAGACGCCAGCAAGUGCACCGUCACCGGUCCGGGUGUGGGUCCCACGGUUGCCAUCGGCGAGGAACUGGGCCUGGUGGUGAAUGCUAAGGCUGCUGGGAAAGGGAAGGUGAGCUGUGUGGUGGUUCAGCCCGACGGCAGCGAGGUGGAGGCCGAGGUGCUGGAGAACGAGGACGGUACAUUCGACAUCUUCUACACGGCGCCGGCCCCCGGGAACUACGUCAUCUACGUCCGCUUCGGGGGGGAGAACAUCCCACGCAGCCCCUUCAAAGUCAUGGCUACUGAUGAGGUACCCAUCAUGCAAGAGGGGAGGUCUCUUCCGUCACAGGCUUCGGCCCCUGGAGUUGGGUUCCAGCCCUGGGUGACCUCAGACAGCUUUGAUCCUAACAGCAGCAGCAGCAGCAUUAAUGGAAGCGGCUUCAGACCGUUCGACAUGGUGAUCCCUUUCUCCUUCAGAAAGGGAGAGAUCACAGGUGAGGUGCUGAUGCCUUCAGGUAAAUCCGCUCAGCCGCUGAUCUCUGACAACCUGGACGGGACGGUCACAGUGCAGUACUCCCCCACUGAGGCCGGCCUGCACGAGAUGCACAUCAAAUACAACGGAACACACAUCCCAGAGUCUCCUCUUCAGUUCUACGUGAACCACGCCAGCAGUCCCAACGUCACAGCGCACGGCCCCGGGCUCUGCUACGGAGUCGCCAACAAGGUGGCCACAUUCACCGUCUUCACAGAGGACGCCUCCGAAGGGGGUCUGGACCUGGCCAUCGAGGGUCCCUCCAAAGCGGAUAUCAGCUGUGUGGACAACAAGGAUGGGACGUGCAGCGUCAGCUACCUGCCCACUCUGCCCGGAGACUACAACAUCCUGGUCAAAUACAACAGCAAGCACAUCGCCGGCAGCCCCUUCACCGCCAGGAUCACCGGUCAGCCACUGAGCUGGUUCCUGCUGGCCCUCUCUCGGCAGCAGCUCCUCUCUCCCCCCUCCUCCCGCUCCUUCUGCUCGCUCUGGUGGUCUGGAAGAUCCAGCGGUCGAGGGGCUCGUUCCUCUGCUGUUGCCCAGGAUCCGAGCCUCUCCCCUGGGCACGUGCGCCUCAUCUCCGGCCUCUCCGGCCUGGUGCUGGGGGGGGGGAAGAGGGCAGCAAGGGGGGUUUGGGUCGUUGAUGCCCGCUGCUCACUACAUUGA